GAAACGUCAUUAGAAGAAGAGAGGGAAUUGUGUUGCGCUCACGCUCGAAUUGUGGGUGGGUGAUACAAAUCCUUACAGCCAUGGUGAAAGAUGUUAAUAAGCCGAAGGGGAAGACGUCCUCGUACGCUUUCUUCGUCCAGACGUGUAGGGAGGAACACAAGAAGAAGCACCCCGACGUCUCGGUGAACUUUUCGGAAUUCUCCAAGAAAUGCUCAGAAAGAUGGAAGAAUUUGUCAGCAAAGGAGAGGGCCCAGUUUGAAGACAUGGCCAAAGCAGACAAGGCCCGCUACGACCGCGAGAUGAAAGGCUACAUACCCCCUAAAGGGUCAAACAAAAGAAAGAAAAAAGACCCCAAUGCCCCCAAGCGCCCACCAUCUGCAUUCUUCUUGUUCUGUUCUGAGCACCGAUCGACUUUGAAGAAUGAAAACCCCGGUAUUACCAUCGGGGAAAUCGCAAAGAAACUUGGAGAGAUGUGGGCCAAGCAGUCAGCCAAAGACAAGGCCCCUUUCGAACAAAAGGCAGCAAAACUGAGGGAGAAAUACGAAAAGGAGGUUGCAGCAUACCGUGGAAAGGGUGAUGUGAGCAAGAAGGGUUCGGGUCGGCCAGCAGCGUCAACCAUGAGGGUUGAAGAGCCAGCGGAGGACGAUGAUGAUGAUGAGGAAGACGAGGACGAUGAUGAGGACGACGACGAAGAUGACGACUAAAAUGUACCAGUCUGAGCUGAGCUGUAAAGCUUACAGAGGAAAAAAAAAAUGUGAACCACCUGAAUGCAGCCCAACAGUAGUAUUUUAAGAAUGAACAAAAAUGUGUAAUGUGUGUAAUACACAUUGUGCUGUUUUGUAAAGUAUGUAGUAGCUUUUCAGAGACCUGCUCUUUUGUUUUGGUUAG